CUCAGGGCGGGCAGAGGAAUGGUUGAUACUGUUUUUAAAAUCAACCAGUUCUUCCCAAGUAAACUACCUCAAUACCAAGACCACUGUAGCCAACAUGAAAUGUUUCUAAUGAGGAAGAACCAUCUGGACUUCAAGACUCUGGCACAAGCUCUUGCUAUGGACAAGGACAGACGUGAAGAUUACAUUAUGAAUCAAAUGGAGGCGCAGUAUGGUGAACAUUAUGCCCAGAAAGUAGAGGACAGGCUGCUGCACUAUCUGCAUGAGUUGGAGACUGCAUUACCAGGAGAUACCUACAUUGAUAAGAUACUGAAGAAAAAAAGCCCUGUGACUGAGGAGGAGAAGCUGUUGUUGGAAGUAAUAACCUCUGACUCCACGACCAUUGCAACAACUCUAGAGAAACUGCUGCACUGUGAUGUUGCUCCCUGUAGUCUGGGCAGGGUUUCUCAGUCACCAAAACAUGGAAAGAGUGGAAUAGAAAGCUCUCAACUCCCAAAGUUUGUUCUGCUUGGCAGCUCUUCAAAUGCCUUCCUCAAGUCAUUGGAAGCCCAAACUCCCCUCGAGUCUCAGUCAGAGGUUUUCAGGAGAGACGAGGAGGCUGAACAAGAUGUGUCCAAGGACAGCCCUCUUUUGUCGGAGAAUGACAAUGAUUCAGAUGUGAGGAGACGUCAGCAAACAGGGGAUGAUUGUGAGGUGGUCAAGAUGCUGGAAGAAGAGAGCAGUGUUGAGGAAAACGAGGAAAUCAGUCAGAGGAGCAGUGACUAUGUUGAGGAUGCUACUUCCUCUUCUCAAUUCUGCUUCAAACACCAGCGAUGGGUGAAGAGCAUCCUGCAGGAGUGUCCUGACGAGUGCUCAGAAGAGUUUCUGCUUCAGGCUAAUGUUUCUCUAUCUCCCCCGUUGUUCCAUUCGUCCUCAUCUAUCACUUCAUCACAAGAUCUCACCCCUUCUGGCAUUAUUCCGUGCCCCCCUGCCCAACAAAAUCCUUCUCCGGAGACCUCCACCAUUCUUCAGACAGCAGCGCAGGCAUGUGAACAAGCACCCUCUGAAGAUAAGAUGAGCUCUGGAUCACCUGGAUUAGCAAGCAGUUCCGCUUGGAAACCGCUACUUCAGCCCUCUUCAUCCAGAGACAGUCUUCCGCCCGCCCUGUUGUCGCCUGUGGUCCGAUUGAUAGACAUUGCCUCUGUCAGAGGGAUCUGUCUUACAUUUGAACCCCAUCAAGCAUCUCCAAAUCACGUCACCACUUCUAGUAACAAACAGGAAGCUUCUGCUUCCAGUCCUCAGGUACUAACCGCUCCUCUCCGCCAUGCCACAGGAAAUGACGCCAUACCUCAGGCAAUGACAAAAGACUCUACAUUUGCCCAACCAGAAACCGUGGCCCCAGCAAAUUCUCCCAAUACAACACACAAAGUGCAAAUAGCUCCUGUAUCUCGUGAUGCAUCUACCUCUACCAGCUGUCAACCCCCAACUCAGCAGUCUUCUUCCAGAUUUUCAAGGAAGUUCAGACGGGCUUGUACUACCACCAGACAUUCACAGGCUCUGGACAGAUUCAGUCAGAAUCCUUUUACUGAACAGCUCAAAAAGGCCCCAACUACUUUUCAGACAAGUUACCUGCCGUUGUCUGCUGAUUUUGGUGUCCCUGGGCCUCUUACACUAGAUGCUUCUACCUCUAUUUGUCAAUCCAGGACUCCAUUCUCAGUCUGUACUGCUAACCAGAUCCCUCUACCUACUGACUCAUCCCAAAAGGUUGUCCCUCGAAGCUCAAUUGAACCUCCUCCUCAGACACACAUCAGUCCUUUUCAAUCAAAGACCCUACCACGCUCCACUGGCAUAUCUACCUCCAACUCUAAUUGCGUGGCUGUCAGGUGUGAGACCAGCAGAGUCCAAAGAGCCAAGCUGAGGUUGUCACUAUGUAGUCAGGCUGUGCUGCUGCAGUCCAAAAUGCUACAGCCCUAUGUGAGUCUUACCAGGCUGAGCACUGAGGAGUGUUACCAAGUGACCAAGGGGAGAUACUCAACCAGGUAUGCAGAGCCCCUGGCCCAAGGCAGCAGUGAUGACAGUGGAACAGACAGGAGGAAGGAGGAGGAAGAAGAUGCAAAUUCUUCUUUUGAUCCAAACAUUCUUUACUCCAGUCAUUCUUCAAGUAGUGAUAGUGAGGACUCACUUGUUUGUGACCCUGACUACAAACCUUGCAUUAAAAAGAAAAGACUUCUCUUAGAGUAUGAGGCUGCAAGGAGCCUGAUUCAUACAUGACAACAUUUGAUCCGACCAGCGUUGGGUACUUCAGGACACUUUGUACUGAAAACAUUUUGUCUGUGCUCUGUGGUGGACAAUCUAGGCAAUGAUGACACUGUUUCUGUUGCUGCAGUCACUUAUCAGCCGACAUAGAGCCACCACAGAUACCAGAAUACCUGCAAUAAGAUAAUAUUGAGUGAUUUAUAUAUUAUUUACAUUUCUAUUCAUUGAUGCUAGUUUCAGGUUUUAGGAACUGACACAAAGUCUGAGAGGAAUGUCACGCUAGAUUCGACUCGUUUGUCUGAACAGUUGUUGAUGUAGACAGACUGAAAUUCAUUUUAGGGUUCAGGUUUCAGAACAAAAUUGAACAACCAAGUCAUCUGUCUGAGGCAAAGACUCAAAAUCUAAUGAUAGUUUGGCUUGCGACAACAGCGUGCGCCAUUAUUUCUUAAGCUUACAAGAGGAAGUUUGCCCGCCUGUUGGUUUGGCACGCUCUUGGCAGUGCUUCAGUUGUGUUUUUGUGUUUUUAUAUGGGCAAACUGUGCUUGUGUUGUCUUGAGGAAAAGCUCUAUUUUAAAUACAACCAUGUAUGUGUGGACUAGGCAUAGGUCCAUGUCGACCACAAGGAAGGUUUGAGUUCAUGCUAGACUACAUCCGGUCAGUUGAGUUUAAAUAAUUUGUUGUAAAUGGUUUGUUCAUAUUUUAAUUGUAACUGUCUAAUUCUGUAAAAUUGCAUGGGUCAUAGAUGCCUGCUUAGGUACAAGGUACCAUUGGGUACAAGGUACUCUAGCUCAGAGAUCCGUUUCAUGGUGUUAUUAAGACCCUGGUUUUAGUAAAAUUCAUUUUUUUGGCACAAAAUACAUUUUUUAAAAAAGUCUUUAAAAAAUGUCUUAAGUCGUGUGUGUGUGUGUGUAAAGUAAAAGGGUGGACCACCUUGUCAGUUGAUGUUAGGCAGAUAUGGACUCAUACCCCAUGGACUGCCCAGUGGGAGUCAGGUCUAAUUUUCUUUGACCAGACAUGUGUCUGUCUUCAGAGUCAACCAAUCAGCUUAGUGGAGGUCAGCUGUGUAUGGCAGCGUGUCCAGUGGCACGACACAGCACUAACUGUCUGCAUGAUGGUCAAAGGUGUGAACCAAAAACUGGUGUAGACAUGUGCGGCAUAUCACCCCGGGGUCAGCACUGAGGUCAGCAGUAACCCCCACUGUUUGCAUUUGUGUAUUUACACAGUGCUGUUGGAGGGAAUAAUAGAUAGGGCCUUUGUGCUGGAGGUAAAAUGAGGACACUGGUUACUGGCUUUUGACCCGAGGACUGAUAUGUAUCUGUGCCCUUGUAUGAUGCAUCCUGAUUCGACAUAAAGGUCAACACAGAAUAAGAUUAGAAAUGUGUUGCUUUGACUAUUAAAGGUCUUAUAACGGGCUUCACCUGGACCAGACCUUCUUAUUCAGUCACUGAAGAAUUUUGUUUGUUACAUUUUAUCAUGUUUUCCUUUUGGACAAAUGAGGUUUGGGGAGCGAUUAACCGUCUUAGCCUGUAACUGAAUUGAGAUCUACAAUUAAAGCAACCACUAUUGAAUCAAUCUAAUUGUUUCAAAUUCAUUCUUCCAUGUCCUGCGAAAGUAGGGUAAUGAACUCCACAUAACAAGUCUGAUCGUGAAACACUAAACCUGGAAUUUCACCAAGAUUUUGAAGGCUAAAGAUAAAGUUCGUGAAAUUCACGAGGAUAGCCUUGCAUAAUCUUGACCUAGAUAGUCUCAGUACUAUGUGAGGAAUUAUAGCUUUGCCUCUAAGCAUUUUCACAUCUUUAGCGAUGAUUUAGAGAAUUUGAUAAGAUAAAUUAACUGCAACGGGUGUUGCAAGGGGAGAAUUUUCAGUCUGUCCAGCCAUAAAGAUCAAAAGACUUUGGUUGUCUCAUUUUCUGGAGAUAUGCUUGGUUCCAGAUGGUAUUGUUGACAAGAUCGCUAAGAGCAGAAAAUACUCCUCUUAAUGUUCUUGUUCUCAUAACAGCGUGGGGGGUAUCUAUGUAGGCCACCACUUUUCAGUACCAGAACAUAAUAAAAUACAUUCAUGUAAGUUCAAUGGAGACUGACAGGAGAGUGUUUCUUUAUUCAUCACUGACUGCAGUGAUGUAGCAGUGUGACCUGGGGGGUGUCAGAAAUUUUAUUCAAAUUGUAAAAAAAAAAUCCAUAUACUUGAUUGUGGCGGUAAAAAAAGCAGUUUGAAAGAAGUACUGUAUGUUUUAUGAUGAUAAAAUGGCUGUUUUUGUGAAUGGAGUCUGGUGGCUUUGGUGAGAGGGAUUGAACAACUUUUUGUGGUUCAACAAAACAGAUCUUACUCUUUGACAGAAGGUAUCUCUGUAGGGAGCCUGUCAGAGGCAAAACACACUUUUAGUGGACAUGCAUUGAUGGUACGGAAACACCCAGAGGGAUUACAUUGCAGCCUGUUUCAGCUCUCUCUUUCACCACUGGAAAAACUCUAAAUAUUGUUGUCUCUAUUAGUCGCUUAAACACAAAACAUGGGAAAAUAAUCAGAUAAUAUUUGACUUUAAUUCCUCCUGUUUGUCUGGGACAUUGACGUCUUCCAGGACGUGUGGACCUGGGCAGCUGUGCACACAACAUCACCUUGACUGAUUGAAAAUGAAAUGUAGGUAAAGUUGAAAUGAACAAAUAAUUCAACAGUGUGGUUUAGGACAUUAUUUUAUUUGUUUUGUAAUGUGCAGUAAUGUAGAUCUUUUAAAAGAUGUUGAAAUAUAAUACAAGAAAUAUGUCUCUUGUAUUGAUUUUCCCUCUUAUGGACAUAAUGCCCCAAAAAGAUGUGCUUUUUUAGAGGCAAUAAUCAAGCAUCAUUUCUGGCCUAUUUUGACAGCCCUGGUCAGUGUUCUGUGACAUUACUGUUGGUUGUGGUCAUGGGUGUGUCACACCGCGGUGAGGUUUGUCUCGUCUUGGGUUUUUGUCUUGUUAUUUCCUGUUUUAUUUUGU